UGUCAGGUCAGUUGUCAAAAGAUCAUGAUACCUCACAGUCUUAAAGUCAGUUCAACUUCGAUGUUGGAAAGACCGGUCAACAAACACUAUGAAGUUUAAUCCAGUGUGUCGGUCGCCUUGAUGUCGUCACGAUGAACAACUACGAGCUGGUGCGGCCGAUCGGCCAGGGCGCGUUCGGGAAGGCUUUUCUAGCGAAGGCGCGAGACGGGGGCGCGCGUCAGUGCGUGGUGAAGGAGAUUAACCUGCGGAAGAUGUCUGCCCGGGAGAGAGAAGCUUCUCAGAAGGAAGUUGUGCUGCUCUCUCAAAUGAAACAUCCCAACAUCGUCAGCUUCAUUGCCUCUUACCAGGAGAGAGGAUGCCUCUAUAUAGUCAUGGAGUAUUGUGAUGGGGGCGAUCUAAUGAAGAGGAUUCAUAUGCAGAAAGGACAACUGUUUUCUGAGGAACAGAUUAUGCACUGGUUUGUGCAGAUCUGUUUGGGACUGAAGCACAUUCACGACAGGAAGGUCCUGCACAGGGACAUUAAAGCACAGAACAUUUUUCUGGCACAGGGAGGCCUGAAGGUGAAGUUAGGGGACUUUGGGAUCGCCAGAAGACUGAGCAAUACCCUGGAGUUGGCCCGUACGUGUGUAGGAACCCCUUAUUACCUCUCCCCAGAGAUCUGUAACAACAAACCAUACAACAACAAAACGGAUAUCUGGUCUCUAGGCUGCGUCUUAUAUGAACUCUGCACUUUAAAACAUCCGUUUGAGGCUUGCAGUCUCAGGCAGUUAGUAGUUUGUAUCUGUAGGGGGCGCUAUGUCCCUGUGCCCGCCCACUACUCCCCCGGCCUGAGACAGCUGAUUGGUCAGCUCUUCAAGGUCCCGCCCAGAGAGCGCCCGUCAAUCAACUCACUACUCAAACUACCAGUGCUGCAGUCUCGCAUCAAACUACACUUAUCUACAGAGGUACUUCAUGAGGAGUUCAGUCACACAGUUCUGCACAAUCAGAAACAAACUGGGCCCAGACAUCCUCAGCAACCCGAGCCCCAGCCCAGAGCUCCAGAGAGGCCUAGGCCUCAAGCGCAGCCUGGACCCCCAGUGAGGAGCCCCAGAGCUGAGAGCCGUGGUGCCCAUAGGAUGGUGAGAGCAGGUGAUUACUACGGUCAGUAUCAUGCCCAACUGGAUGCCCUGCUGCAAGCCCCACCCCCUUCCCAUCAUGCCCUGCUGCAAGCCCCACCCCCAUCCCAUCAUCCUCUCCGCCAGGAUCACCAUGGAAACGGGCCCAACAUUCCAGAGCCUUAUCACAUGGUUGCUGCAGCGAGGGAAGAGUAUCUGAAGAGGAGAGAAGAGGCCAACCAGUACAAACUCAGAGCAGAGAAACACCUGGGUCUGCGUCCCAGCACUGCAGAUGAUAACAGGCCUGUGGUUGCCCCGCCACCUCAGCAGCUCCCAGCACACAGGAGACCACAGCAGGACUACCUCAUGCAGCUACAGAUGAUCAGACAGCAGUACCAGGAUGAGAUUCGAGAGUUCAGGAGGAGAGCAGCAGCAGAGAAGCAGAAGCCUCAGGUGAGACCAGACACUUACACUGUGGAGUGCAGGAGAGAACCAGCUGCCAGCAAGACACGCACGCCAGCACUGGAUGUGGAAGGAGCUUUAAGAGAAAUACAACACCACAGACAGAAGAGGAGUCAUAAGGUGGAUCCCUUGAAUCAGACUCUGAUGUUUCAUGCUGGACAGAACCUGAGACAGAAGAUAUGUGGUCUGGAUGGAGAAAGGGAGGAGAGAGGGGGAGAGAGAGGAGAAGAGAGAGAGAGAAAGGUGUGUUUGGCCCAAAGAAGUUCCACACACUUUGCUUAUGAGCUCUUGGAAGGAGAGGAGGAGUGUGUGUUUGAGAGAAGACACUGGCGAGAUGGACCCCCACACACACUCUUACAGGCCCUGGCCCACGCACCCCUCACACACUCCUCCACCCUGGGGUCAGACUGCACAAUGAGAGUGGGGGAUAGAGCUGAGGAAGAGGAUGAGAGGGGAGGGGAGGAGGAGGAAGAGGAGGGUGUCUGGGAGGAGGAUGAAGAUGACCUGGAUGAAGAUCGUUUGGAGCCCACAACUGAUGAUGAUGAUGAUGACGACGACACUAAUUUUGAGGAGUCUGAGGAUGAGCUGCAUAUGGAGGUGGCAGAGUCCAUGAUGAACCUCUUCACCCCUGAUGAUGGACAGAGCGAGGGAGAGAGAGAGGGAGAGGAGGAUGGAGGAAGGAGAGAGGAGAGAGAAGGUGGGAGA